CCCUGAAGCAACCGCUUGUCAAAAACCCUGGUCGCCCUUCAAAUCGGUUGCGUGAGCGAGCAGACAGAUGCCAGGUGCGGUUGUGCGAGCGAGCGCACUCUACACCACACCUGCUUCGGGGACCAGGCCAGCCGUCGUGCUCGUGGUGUGGAAGUAAAUUUUUGGCUGAUAACAAGCGCCAAAAAUAUUGGUGUUUGAAUGUUGCGAAAGCACCACCGUGUCCCACCUUUCAGUGUCCCAUCAUCGCGGUAGUGGUGCGAACAGUGUUCUCCCAAGGGAGAAAAAGUAGAACGGCCUUUCUUCCAUCCCGCCCUCCACCUUCCCAAUAUUCCAGACCCGGUGCCAUGACGGAUUAGUGUGUCGAGUGUUUGCGGAAUUCCUUUCCUGUAGCGCCUGCAUGCCCCGGGCCUGCCCCGACCAGAUGGUGGUUUGGAUGGUUUCGAAAUUAGAAGCAGUAGAAAAAAAAAGGUGCAAAAGUCAAAAGUGCGCAACAACCAGGUCUGGUGGGAGCAGAGGUGAACAAGAGAAAAAAAAGGCAAACCGAAGCACACGGAGCAGCACUAACGAUAUGAUAGCGCGAAGCCGAUGAUGAUGAUGAUGAUGGUGCUGGGGCGAUGAUGGCUGUGAUUUGAUUGAUAGUUCAGUGUUGUUCCUAUCGUGUUCCUCCUCCUCCUCCCUCUGGCCAAUACUCCUACGCACGUCCCGUCCAGCUCUCGAAACAUUGUGCAAGCAACUCCGUCUAACCCACUGCCCCUCCCCUCAUCUUCAACCUGAAGAAAAGCAACAACAACAAAACAAAAAGAAACGUGCUCCCUCCGAAGUUGGCAAGAGACGUAAAAAAGUCCUUGAUUGAAGGAAAAAAUCCGAAACUCAGCCAUGCGGUUAGAACACUGACCGCGACUGUGUAUGUGUGCGCGAGUGUGCGUGUGUGUGUGUGUGACAAAAGUGCCCCCCCCCCUUCCCUCUCGUCCCGCUACCGUGGCCUAAACCUCAGCGCAAAACACCGACCGACCGCGGUCGUGCCAGUUGUGCGGGCUGUGUAGUGGACGGGCACGACGACUGUCUCUGUGCGGUACCGAUAUUUUUGCAACAAAAUCCGUGCGCGAGCGAGACGGCGAGCGAGAUCUCGAGUAGUGUGGGAUGCUGUGGUGCGCGGAUCGCCGCACGGAAGAAGAAAGGGAUACGAUCGCGCUCUAGACGCUGACAAAAGAGUUUGCCCACGCACAACGGACCGCGAGGGCGUAAAAUAGCAGCUCUUGCGUCGGACCGCGCUCUGACCGCGACACGUCCGGGGAGCAAAACUGGGCGGAGGGAGUGAGCCCAGAAAGUGGUCGUCGUCACAGCAGCCGCCGCUGCCGCUGUGUGGUUAGUGAUAGUGUGUGCGAGAAUCAACCAACAAUCACGUUCCGCGCACGUUCCACCCUUCAUCGCCCAUCCCCAGCCCAUCGACGGCCGUGCGCUCGUCUCUUCGUCGCGAGCGAACCAGAAAGGGAGAACGUGUGAAGGUCGUCGGUGCCGUCGGUCAGCGUAUUAGAGGGCCCCCGACGUUGCCCCGAAGUUUCGCGCCAAACGAACGCGCGCGACGGUGCGAUAUUGUUUUUCGCCUUGCGCAUAUCGCAUCAUGGUAACGCAUCCGCCGUUGUUGCGGUGACCAGCUCCGACUCCGACUCGGCACAGUCCUCUGUCUCAACCACCACCACCGCCGGGACAGCAAUCCUUCCCGUUGCCGUCAUCCAUUUAUUUGUGUGUGCUUGUGUGUGAGUGUGUGUGUUGACACCCAGAGGAAGUGGUGUGUGGUAGUGAAGAAGCAGAAAAAAACGAAAAAGAAAAGAAGGUGUGAAACAAAACACAAGCCCGUCACAAACAGCUGUUGGCUGUAGAGUGUGGUGUGGGAACGUCGCGCGGGCCAGGCACACUUGACCGCGUUAAUACACCCCUGUCGUUACCGUGACGACAGCGAGCGCCGUACCAUCGCAUCGCACGUUGCAGCGGAAGCGACCGUGUGCCGUCGCCGCCGUGUGUGUGUGUGUUUGUGUUCUUUAGCGCUUUAGCAGCGUGUUGUGUUUCCUCAUGCCAGUGCGGCGCAUCCAGUAGCGGCGCAAAAUCACAGUUCCAAAAGGGGAAUAGGGGGUGAAGCAAGCGAAGGGGCGGUAGUAUGGCGACCGGGGCCCGCGGCGACCGGAAGAUGCGGGUGGUGGCGCUGGUCAGCGGCGGCAAGGACAGCACGUACAACAUGAUGCAGGUGGUGGCGGAGGGCCACGAGCUGGUCGCGCUGGCCAACCUGCAUCCGAAGGACCGGGACGAGCUGGACAGCUACAUGUACCAGACGGUGGGCCACCAGGGGAUCGAGAAGCUGGCCCAGGCGAUGGAGCUGCCACUGUACCGGCGCAUGACGCGCGGCCACUCGAUCAACACCAAGGGCCACUACGAGCCGACCGAGGACGACGAGGUGGAGGAUCUGUACGAGCUGCUGGCGGAGGUGCAGCUGGAGCAGCGCGUCGAGGCGGUGGCCGUCGGUGCCAUCCUGUCCGACUAUCAGCGCGUACGGGUGGAGAAUGUCUGCACCCGGCUGAACCUUAUCUCGCUCGCGUACCUGUGGCGCCGGGACCAGACCGAGCUGCUGCAGGAGAUGAUCGACUGUCAGGUGCACGCGAUCAUCAUCAAGGUGGCGGCACUCGGGCUCAUGCCGGACCGGCACCUGGGCAAAUCGCUCAAGGAGCUGCAGCCGCACCUGCUGCUGAUGCGCGACAAGUACGGGCUGAACGUGUGCGGCGAGGGCGGCGAGUACGAAACGUUCACGCUCGACUGCCCGCUGUUCCGCAGCCGGAUCGUGGUGGACGACGUGCAGACGGUCAUCAGCUCGGCCGAUCCGGUCUGCCCGGUCGGCUAUCUGAACUUCACCAAGCUGCGGCUGGUGCCGAAGGAGCGCAUCGAGCCGGUGCUGAUCAAAAACUCGCUCGACUUUAUCCACGAUCUGAACGAGUCGAGCUACAGCGAUCUGAGCGACCCGGACCUGAGCGAAACCGAGCUGGAGCUGAUCGAGCGCAGCAGCUGCGGGCUGGUGCCCGGGCUCGGUGCGGUCUCCCGCGGCAGCGUCAUGCGCAGCUCCUUCAGCAAGGACGAUCUGAGCGGGAUCGGGAUGACGGCGGCAGGUACUGCGGUAGUGCUGUCCCGCAGCAACAGCAUCACGAAGGAGCUGACGCUGUGCACGAGCCUCGAAACGUGCGCCCCGUUUAGCAGCAAAUCACCCGUCCGGAUCGUGACGAAGGCGCGCUCCUGCAUCGGGGCGGGCGAGGGUAGUAGCGUUGGCACGGCCCCGGGCUCACUGUCACUGAACGACGGGCCGAUGGUGGUGUGUCCGGUGGAGGUGCUGCCUCCGUUUCAGUACGCGCGCGAAAGCCGACCGCUGGCCAACAAACCGCGCGCGAUCGUCAACUCGAAGGGCUGGAUGUGGGUGGCUGGCGUGCAGGGGUGCGGGCAGGACUCGCGGCAAGCCAUGGCCAGCGCACUGGCGACGCUGGAAGAAAUGAUUCAAUCGCACUCGUUCACGCUGCGCCAGAUAUGCUACAUUACGCUGUACGUGCGAAAUAUGACCGAAUAUAGCUUUAUCAACGAAAUCUACUCAACGGUGUUCGCAUUCCCGAAUCCUCCGACGCGAGUGUGCGUGGAAUGUCCCCUGCCGGCGGAUUGCGCCGUCGUUCUGGAGGCUGUUGCUUUUAAUCCCGUUUCUAGUGCGUCGGAACUGGAACACAAACGACAGACAAUGCACGUGCAGGGCAUUUCUCAUUGGGCACCGGCCAACAUCGGCACCUACAGCCAAUCGACCAAAGUUGGCCACAUCACGUACAUCUCUGGGCAGAUUGCGCUCGUGCCGGGCAGCAUGACGAUCAUCGAGGGCGGCAUCAGGCAGCAGUGCAAGCUGACACUGCGCCACCUCAGCCGAAUAGCGAAGGCAAUGAAUGCGCAGGGCGGCCAGCUGCGGGACGUUGUGCAGGGCAUCUGUUUCGUGACGCACCCGAGCUACAUCUACGAGGCCCGGCGGCAGUGGGAACGGCGGACGGCGAACGCGAUCAUCGACUACAUCGUGGUGCCGGCGCUGCCCCGCGGCGCCCUGGUCGAGUGGCAGGUGUGGGCCCAUUCGCACAACGACAAGUUUGACUACGAGGAAACGGGCUGCUCGAUCGGCGAGUACUCGAUAUCGAUACGGCGGCGCUGGAACUACGAAAACAACUGCGCCUCGAUCGUGUGCUACGUGUCGACCGGGCUGGCCACCUCCACCACCAAGCUGACCGAGCUGACCGACGACUAUCUGCACCAUCACAGCCAGCUGGCGCAGCGGAUCACGCGCGACCACCUGCACGACACGAUCGCGUACGUGCUGCGCAAGCUGCUGCAGGCGUACCCGGGCCUGCUCGGCACCAGCCCGUCCUCGCCGUCCGCCGCCAGCAACUCAGAUGAGCCGGCCGGCACCGGCGACGAGGACCAGAUCGUGCGGCCCCAUGCGACGCGGGGGGCCGCACCACCACCGCCGCCGUCGGUCCAUCUGCGCGUGUUCUACCAGGUCGAUGCCGUGCCGUCCGUACAGUUUCUGAUCGAUGCGAUCGAGAGCUUUCUGGUGUCGCCGGCGAACCGGGCCCGCAUCGCGUACACCGUCAUACCGGCCUGCCAUCUGCAGAACUUUAGCACCUUCAUCUCCAUCUGCGGGCUGCGGCAUCACGAGUAGUGGUGGCACUGCGGGUACGGUAAAUUAGGGAGCAAGUAUCUUUUCCUUUUUGUGUCAUUUUUUCCCCCUUUGGCAAGUAAAGAACGCGAACGAACGGGUGACCCAGGUGUAGAAUGCCAAAGGCCAAAGCCGAGCGGAGGCAGCACCACGAAAGGCACUAAAAUAAAAUAAAAAAAGCGGCUAGGGACAAAACACUUUUUAACCCUCCCGGGGCACACUACCUAAGCCAGCAGAAAGCAGGGGUGGCGUGUGAAAAAGUCUAAACUCGAGAGGCAAAACGCGGAAGAAUCGAAGACGAUACUACUAGUUCGAGUACCAAUAGUUCUGCAUGUUUGUGUGUUUGUAUGUGCGAGUUAUUACGCGUGUGUGUGUGUGUAUGCGUGUUUGUGUGAAUGUGUGUGUGUGUGUUCAUAAUGAUAUGUGCUUGUGGCGGAUGCACACUAGAUAGGAGCUCCUAGGUAGAGCGUAUAAAGUUUGAACGGGCGGCGAGAAGGGCACUCACGAAGCCGCCGUCGUUUGCGGGCCAUGCGAUAUUGUUGGAUUAUUAGGAAGAACAAGCAGUAGGAGAAGAAGAAGAAGAAGAAGCAGAAGAAGAAAACAAAUAUUGUAUAUUAAACUGUUGAUCACUACACCAUUUGAUGGAGCGAAACAUUA